GCGGGUCGGCCGUGCCACGCGGUGACAUCACCGCCCUCAUCCCUCCGCUCGGUGGCGUGGUGCCACCACCACUGCCGCCGCCGUCGGCUCUGCAGAUGCCGGGCAGGUUGCUGAUGGAGACGGAGGGGAUGAUCUAGGCGAUUUUAUUUAGCGCAGUACGACGUCGGCCGAUCCGUGCGUUCAUCUCACCCCAUCGCUCACGCACGGACAGGUAGGGCCAGCAUGGAGUCAGAUCUGCUGCGAGCACAAGGCCACAACUCGGGUUCUUACAACAGCUUCGGGAGCCCGAGCGACGAGGACCCGGACGAGGUGGCUUCCGACUUUGUUCCCUUGAGCUCCGACCACUCCUCUGGUCCUGACCUUCCCCAAGACCCCACAGCCGGCCUCAGGCAACUGAUACGCGAGCGUCCAUCUUGCAUCAACACAGCGGCGGCGACUUGGAGGACAGCAGAGCAGCCUACAGCGACUGAGGGGGUCAUUGGCAGCACAGUGGUGGUGAGCGAUGCUGGGGGAGGUGCUGGUGUAUCGGGGUUGUCUCAGCUGCUGGAGAUCUUGGAGGAGCCCAUCCCAGGCGUGGGAACCUACGAUGACUUCCACACCAUUGACUGGCUCCGGGAGAAAUCGCGUGACAGAGAGAGGCACCGCACAAUUUGGAGUCGUCGCAAGAGCUCCGUGUGGGAGUUUUUGACGAGCGUGCACGAUGCCUGGUCCGGGUGGCUGGUGGUAACGCUCACAGGGCUCGCAGCAGGUGCGUUGGCGGGCUUGAUCGAUAUUGCAGCCGACUGGAUGUCACAGCUAAAGGAGGGCAUUUGUCUCCCUGCAUUCUGGUUCAACCGCGAACAGUGUUGCUGGACGUCCAACGAAACCACCUUCUUGCAACGUGACCGCUGUCCACAGUGGCACAGCUGGGGACAGCUUGUGAUGCGUACUGAUGAGGGUGCCGGCUCCUAUAUAUGUAACUAUAUAUUGUACGUGCUCUGGGCUGUCUUCCUGGCACUCGUGGCUGUCCUGCUCGUCAAGAUGUUUGCUCCCUAUGCGUGUGGCUCCGGGAUUCCCGAGAUCAAGACGAUCCUCAGUGGCUUCAUCAUCCGGGGCUACCUAGGUAAGUGGACGCUGCUUAUCAAGACGGUGACGCUGGUGCUCGCCGUGUCGUCUGGGCUCAGCCUGGGCAAGGAGGGGCCCCUAGUUCACGUCGCCUGCUGCUGCGGAAACAUCUUCAGCUACCUCUUCCCCAAGUACCGCACCAACGAAGCCAAGAAGAGGGAGGUACUUUCAGCUGCCUCUGCAGCAGGGGUGUCGGUGGCAUUUGGGGCUCCUAUUGGAGGUGUUCUCUUCAGCUUGGAGGAGGUGAGCUACUACUUCCCGAUGAAGACACUGUGGCGCUCGUUUUUCGCGGCGCUGGUGGCAGCGUUCGUGCUCCGUGCUCUUAACCCCUUCGGGAGCAGCCACCUGGUGCUCUUCUACGUGCAGUACCGACGGCCGUGGCACCUGCCCGAGCUGCUGCCCUUCGUCGCGCUUGGCGUGUUCGGAGGUCUCUGGGGCGCUGCCUUCAUCAAAUUCAACAUUGCCUGGUGCCGCCGGCGCAAGUUUUCCCGCCUCGGACGCUUCCCUGUCAUCGAGGUGCUGGUGGUGGCGCUGGUGACGGCUGUGCUCUCCUACCCGAACCCAUACACGCGCAAGAGCAGCAGCUCCCUCAUUGCAGAGCUGCUGCGUGACUGCAACCCCUUGCAGCAGGCAUCCCCACUCUGUGGACUCUCCCCUCCGUCCUCCCCGUAUCCAUCGCCAUCUUCGUCUCCGUCCCCAUCCCCGUCGGGCUUCGCCGACAACGUCACAAGCUGGACCACCCCCGUCACCGCAACCACGGCUGCGCCCCCUGACCUGGAUUCCCAGAAUGCAUCGCUGUGGCUGCUUGGCCUGGCCCUCGUCUUCAAGGUGGUCAUCACCGUGUUCACGUUCGGCAUGAAGGUGCCGUCGGGCCUGUUCAUCCCGAGCAUGGCGGUGGGCGCAGUAGCCGGGCGGCUGCUGGGCAUUGGGGUGCAGCGGAUGGCAUGGAGCCACGGUGCUGCACUGGGCAUCGAUGGCUGGUGUAGCCCAGGCACAAGCUGCGUCACGCCUGGCCUCUACGCCAUGGUGGGCGCCACUGCAUGCCUGGCGGGUGUGACUCGCAUGACGGUGUCGCUGGUGGUGAUCGUGUUCGAGCUGACGGGCGGCCUGGAGUACAUUGUGCCACUGAUGGCGGCCAUCAUGACGAGCAAGUGGGUGGGCGAUGCCUUUGGCCGCGAGGGAAUAUACGAGGCGCACAUUCGCCUCAAUGGGUACCCGUUCCUCGAGGCCAAGGAGGAGGUGACGCACACCACGCUAGCGGCCCACGCCAUGCAUCCGCGUCCCGGUGAACCGCCGCUCACGCUCCUAACACAGGAGGAUAUGACGGUGGGCGAGGUGCGACAGCUUGUCCGUGAUUCCACGUGUAAUGGUUUCCCGGUGGUGGCGUCACGCGAGUCUCACCGCCUCAUCGGCUUCGCGCUCCGCAGAGACCUCACCCUUGCUCUCGAGAACGCGAGCGAGCGGGCAGAGGGCCUCGAUGAUUCGUCACUCGUGCUCCUCGGGCCUCCGCGGGCGGGCACCGCCCGAGCCUCUGUGACCUCCGAGCCUCUGAGCUGCCCUCUACACGCAGCGCGACCUCUCAAGCUGCGCUCCAUUGUGGAUGACGCUCCCCUCGCUGUGUCCGACCGGACGCCUAUGGACACCGUCGUGGACAUGUUCCGCAAGCUCGGCCUGCGCCAGUGUCUCGUCACGCGCAACGGACGGCUGCUCGGAAUCAUCACAAAGAAGGAUGUCCUCAGACACAUGGCUCAGUUAGCCAAUGAAGACCCCAAAUCUAUAAUGUUUAACUAGCCAA